CUUAUCCCUUCCCUGGGCAUGGCAGUGAACGAGAAAAAAAUGUUCAUUUUCAUUGAAAUCAAUAAAUGGAAGAAGUGUGACAACUGCAACACUUUUCGAUGACAUACGAAAAACGUGUUAAAACACCAACACUUUAAAAGUGUAAUGAAACGAUGUGAAAAAUUUUGAAAUGACGCGAAUGUUUUAUCAGUUUUGAAAAAAUUCACAAAAAAUGAUUCAUUCUCGAGCGUCUAAGGGUACGGGGUUGCUUCCCGUAAACGCUGUCGAAUAGACGCGUCAAUGCCAAGUCUAACAAGUAAUUUUUGUAAUUUCUGCAAUCUCUCUUCGAUGAUAAAAUUUCCACAUGAUUUCUCACACAGUCGUAACGACGUCGGGUCGGAUUAUCUGAAUAGAUAUUCCACGUCUCCCACCAUCUCUAUGAACAGCCUGCUACUUCGAUAUAUUUAAGAAUACUUGCAUUGAUGUGUCAACAGUCGGACUUGCUCAUUUGUUUAUUAUUCGUCAACAGUAAUUUUCACUCCAGUAGUAAAUAUUCCGAUCUAACUCAUACUCUCGCAGACGACUGAUAGCAAAUCAGACGAUUGGGAUGGUUCAGUGAAUUUCUACUCGGAAUCGUAUCGAACCGGAUAAACUACUCGUAUUAUUCAUUUUAUUGCUGUAAUUUGUUCGCAAUAACAAAAAAGCAUUAACGGUUCAUAGAUCAAGUUGAGCUGUCUCUGCGACUGUGCUGGUGGAUGUGCCACGUGUACGUAAUUUGUCAAAACUUGAUUCGAGAAAUCCCAGUGUAAACUAUAAAGCCUGGAUUGUCCAGACACAUCGGUUUACUGUCUGCUCGCCGAUUCGCCGGUAUGUCACGCUAGUCGGUGCCAUGAUUGAUCAAAAACUAUGACAACAACAAAUAAGGAAAUGAAAAACGGCGGAAGGACGCAGUGGAAGCAAUGGUUGGGAGGGAUAACAGCAACCUUGACUAUGGUAUCCAUCGGCACGGUGUACGGAUGGGCGACCACGAAUCUCUCGAGAUUGACGUCCAGCGAUUCCCAUAUCGUUAUGACGACGGACCAGACCUCCUGGAUAGUCUCGCUGACGGGGAUCGGGAGUAUGAUCGGACCCUUCCUAGGAGCGGCAGCGGCCGACAAGGUCGGUCCUAGAAAUACCUUGUUGCUGACCAGUCUGUUCUUCUCAACCGGGUGGCUGAUCGACAUAUUCGCGACAAAAGUCGCGGAGCUCUACGUAGCUCGUGUCAUACUCGGCAUAGGAAUCGGUAUAUCCUACACGACGAAUCCCAUGUACAUAUCCGGUAUAGCCGACGUCAACAUUCGAGGUGCCCUUGGCACUCUUACGGCGGUGAACGUCUUCAUCGGGUCGCUGUCCACCUGUAUCAUCGGACCCUUCAUCGCUGUGAGAACGCUUUCAAUUAUCUUGCUAGCCGUUCCCGUCCUCUUCGUUAUUCUGUUCAUCUGGUUUCCCGAAACUCCGGGAUACCUGGCUUGGAAGGGGCACAAUGAAAAGGCCGUUAGGUCGCUGCUUUUUUAUAAGGGUAUGAAAACCCGUGAAGAAGCGGAAGAGGAACUGAACAAAGUGAUCUUGAAUCUUGAGAAAAAUGCGAACACCGAAAACUGGCCUAAGAAAUUGCGAAAGAUGUUGCUACCGAACAAUCGCAAGGCGCUCGGAAUACUCUUGGUUCUGAUAAUAACUCAGUCGAUGAGCGGAAACUACACGACGAUGGCGUAUCUUGAAGUUUUGUUCCAGACGGCCGACAUCGGGAUAGACACUAAUUUAGCCACCGUGAUCGUUUUAAUCGUUGGAUUAAUGGCAGCCGCGCUCGCAACCGUUACGAUAGAAAGAAUCGGCCGAAGAAUGUUGCUGAUCACUUCCACGUCCAGUUCGUUUGUAGUCCUAGGACUACUGGCGACCUAUUUGGUCGCGAAUGCGAACGGUAUCGAUUUGGAAGCCGUGAAUUGGUUACCCGUGUUUUUGCUCGUCGUCUUUCAAGUGACUUAUCAGCUCGGGAUUGGCGCACUUCCCGACGCUUUGAUCGGCGAAUUAUUUCCAGCCGAUGUAAUGAGUAUCGGCAGUGCGUCGGCGACCAUUUCAGACGGUAUACUAGGCCUGAUAAUUUCAAAGCUCUAUACGGUCAUCGGAGAGGCUCUAGGCGAAUACGUCACGUAUUAUAUAUUUUCCGGUUCUUGUUUCCUGGCGCUUAUUUUCGUAAUACUAUUCGUUCCGGAAACCAUGAACAAAGAUUUCAACCAAAUACAAGAAGAAUUGGCAGACAGCAGACUGCAGUGUUUUAGAAAAAAGGAGAGAAAAUAACGAAACUGGUUUUUUGUAUUGUGUAGUAAUUAUAACAAAUGAAAACGUCAAAAUAACAUUGCAAUAAAUCCGAACGUAUUGCAGUAAAGU